GGCGGAGGGAGGGGUUGGUGUUGACGGCUGGGUGCACGAGCUGAACGUCAAGAAAGCCUUGGGAAAGCAAUAAGAAACGAAGGGAAAGGGCCAGAGGUUUCACCUUCCACCGCUCGACUCUGGUUAGCACCCCCGAAGCAAGUGCAAUGUCGUCCAGCCGUCAGUUUACUGAGAGCAGGGCCAUCCCGACCAGGACGGUGCUGAUCAACGACUCAACGCAGCUACCUCACGACUACUGCACCACUCCUGGAGGCACUUUAUUUUCGACCACCCCGGGAGGUACCCGAAUAAUCUAUGAUCGCAAGUUCCUGUUAGACCGGCGUAACUCACCUAUUGCCCAGACGCCUCCAGCCCACCUGCCGGUUAUCCCAGGAGUGACAAGCAGAAACAUCCUGAAUGAAAACAAGAGAAAUGAAGCUAAAAACAUCAACAACCAUGAUGCCAAGCCAGGUGAAGAUGCUCAGUUUGAGAUGGACAUCUAAAGAAGAGGAACCAGUGCGAAGAAUGAUUAAUUACCUGGUACCUGUGUGCCAGAGGCUUGGCUUGUAGAAACCAAUAUUGUGAGCCCUCUCCUUUAAUUCUCUCUAGCUGCUGGGUGCUGCAUAAUCAUGGGGAUAAAUGAGUAAAGUUUGCCCAGUGGGGCCGCUGGAGCCCUGAAAGCUAACUUUUGAGUUUUGAAUCCUAACUAUUUGUUUAGGUUUCAGGGCUACCAUAAGCUAUAAUUUCUUAGUCACAGAGCAAAGGAAAAAUUCUGUAUUGUAAGUGCCCAGACAUAUUGCCAAUUCACUGUAAUGGACUUCAUGUACCGAUCAGCCAUCAGAGAUUCACUUCUGAUAGUUCUGAAUUGUUUUUAAGAGUACACUGUUCCAAUUAAUUCCUUUCAAAUGGCUUUAAUGUAGUCUGUUUUAUUCACGAGCAAAUUUAAUAUUUACCUGUUCCCAUCCAAAAGCUGAAAAAUAGAGCAGCAGGACUAUCAUAAUUUUGGUUUAAAAAUAAGGAUAAUUCCACUUUUAUUCCAAGUCUUUUGUAUCAAUUAAACAUCCAGAUAUUUUCAAGAUUUUCAGGUAUUUGUUCAGUUCAGAGGAAUAGGUUUAUAGAGUCCUUAAUCAAUCAUUUUACGAUGCCAAACAAAUUGUCAGUUUUAUAUAGAACUACCCUGAAAUAAGCAUUUAAGUCCAUAUACUUCUAAUUUCCUUUCACCUGAAAAUGUAAUGGUUAAUUUUAAGUGAACUCAUAACAUCUGAUCCCUAUUUUGAAUGACCAGACUGUUACUUCAGACAGAAUGUUUUAAAGGUUCAGAUUCAUCCUGCUAACAGUAUGGUUUAUUCCUACCUUUGCGCUGUGAGUUAGGUCUUGUGAUACUUGAAGCAUCAACAUCAACCCUGUAGUCACUGUUAAAUAUGUUCUCUGGUCAAAGGUAGACAAUACCUUGUGCUGUUGGACUGGAUAAAGGGUUUAAUAUACUUUAUGAAACACAAUAACAAAGAGAGCUGGUCUCAUGAAGCACUUGCGCUAUAUUCCUAACAAGUACACCUGUUGCUGCUGCCUUGAAGUGGGAAGCAGCAUGGAGAAUAUUUAACAUUCAUAUCAGCUAUGAUAUCUCCAGUUAUUACAGUUUUUACAAACCUUGAUAAUCAAAAAAAUCAAAGGUAGGAAAGCACUGAAGUGUUGUUUGGUCAUUGUACUAUUGUCUAUCUCCCAACCACACAAUGUAAAGGUUUAAAGAUCCUUUUCAAAGAUGGAUAGUUUUGUAGUGACCACACAUUCAUAUUUUGAUUCAGAUCAAAAAUCUUGAAAACUUGAAAUUAAUCUUUCCAAUGCUCUUCUAUGCAUAUUGUUCUGAUCUGCUUCUUAACCUUUAGUUCACAUGUCAGAAUCAAUAUCUAAUUUUUUGAGAUGCCAAAUUUUCUGGAAGGUGAGAUGGUUUUAUGAAUAUUAAAUGAGAAUGAAGCAAAGAUAUUAUCCAAACAAAGGGACUUAAAAGAUUAUAAAUCGUAUUCUCAUCACUUUAAUUGUCCCUUUCUGUGCUUCAGCCAUUCUUUUAAUCUCAGAAAAGUUUUUGUUUUCUUCUCGCAGUGAUCUCUUGUGUUCAGUCUCCAGAUCCAUGCCUUACUUUACUAAGCUGUGCUGCUGUGUCAAAUACAGUUUCAUAAUUUAAACGGGAUCGAUUAAUUUACUUGUAUUAUUCUUCCCUGUUAUUAAGUUGAGAAUAAGAUCAAGAUAUUGCUGUUUUACUAGAAAACAUUUACAAUUUUGAAAAACGUUUAUCAUCAUUUAUUUUCUUACAUGGAUGGAAAGGUUUGGGCAUACUGCAGUGUAAUGUUUUUAAUUAACUAAUGGGUUGGUUGACUUAAAAAUAAUAUAAAUAAGGUUUAGGUUUGCCUUUAAUCGAUUACAGUUAAACUUUCUAUCAAAUAUUCAAUACUGGUCAUAAAUUGAAUUUAAAUCCAUAAGAACACAUUGCACAUUGUCAUGUCCGGUUUAAAUCAUUGUCAGACUUACUUGAGUCACAUUUAAGUAAUAAUGAUAAAGGAAAGGGAACUUUUGAUAUUUUCUGUCCUUUUGUAAUAGAUUUUGAGUUGUCAAAUCCCAGCUUGUUUCAACUCUGAAAUAUAAAUGUUAGAUUUGAUUAAUACUUUUCUCAAGAAUCAGAAUUAAAUUUAGUUCUGUUAGAUGGGAUUUUGGAUGGAAAUGUUUUAUCUAAUGCAGCAGAAAUUUGAAAAUAUUUUCUUUCUUUGAAACCCUGUUCAGUUUAAUUUCAAUGAAAUGCCAAUGCCAUUGGACAAUGUUACAGCAGGUUAAAUAAAAGUUCCUUUAUCAGCUCUCUGUCUGUUUAUCUUCUCUGCCA